UGCAGUGAAAAAUCAAAGUGUAUGUGAUACAUAGCUAUCUAUUGACAACAACAGUAUUUUAUAAUUAUGUUGAGAAAGAUAUCUAAUAAAUGUAAUAUUAUUUAUUUAUUUUUAUUAUUAGUUAUUUUUUUUAUUGGUGUAAGUAAUGGUGGAGGUAACAAUGAUGAUGAUAUAAAUCGAAAUAAAGAGACUGUAAAAUCACGAAACUGUGGUGGUUACUUUACGUCUUUACGAGGAAUAAUUAGUACACCAAAUUUUCCCAGAGCAUUUAGUGUUCCAAUAAAGUGUCAUUGGGUGAUUGAUGCCACAGAAAUACAAUUGGCUAGCAGUAACAUUGAUAACAUUACUAUUGCUGUUUAUCUAACUCAACUGUAUGUAUACAAAGGUCUCAGGAUCACAGAGUAUGCAUACUAUGAGUCCCCGGAGAGUACUAAUUUUGGAGCAACAGUCUUAAAGGAUGUCACUGAAAGUAAUGUUUUUGAGGAUAAUUUAUUGAAAACAAACAGACCGUUUGUUGUUAUUGAAUUUGAGCUUGAAAGACUCGAGGGUAAUCAUGUUCGGGUUCUUCAUAAUUUGUUGGAUGUAUAUGGAUUUAAUCUAACGUAUGAAAUAACUACUCCAGAAGCAAUAAAUAUAAAUUCAUGUUCUGUUAAAAAUUGUUCCUUUGCUGGUAAUUGUAUCAUUGAUUCAAGUUAUAGUAAAUUCAAGUGCCACUGCUUUAAUGAAUUCAGCGGGAAAGAUUGUUCAUACGGGCCUCUUUGUAUUAGUCAAAAUAAUAAAGAUAUAAAUCAUCGAAGCUCAAUUUGCUACAAUGGAGGUACCUGUAGUCAUAUUGGAGCUGAAUAUAUAAAAUGUCAUUGUAGGCCUGGUUAUACCGGUGAUUAUUGUGAAAUACCAAUAAUUCCUAAUGAUAAUCAACAAAUGACAGCAAUAAUUAACUCGAAUGAAGAAUGUCAGGAAGGUACCCCGAGAUGUAUUUUCCAAUGUCUGUAUAUUGAAAAAAACCAAGAAAAUAAUCGACCCUGUAAUAAUUGCAAACGGCAACAACAAUCAACAUCUGCUAUUUAUAGUAAUAGGGCGAGAUAUGAAUUUCGAAUAAAAUUAGCAAACACUAGCUCCUUAAUUCGGAGUACUUCGGUAUUGUCACAGACUAUAAGUACCCUUGAAAGCUUGCUGAAGAAACAACUUACUAAGUAUUUGAAGAAUAAUGCAGACAUAACUAUUAUAGAGGACUUGAAAGUACAGAGCGUUACACCAUCGGGUGAAGUGUUAUUUAUGUUUUUUGGAAUUUCGACGGAGGGUGAUAAAAUUCGUGAUGCAUUGAACCGCCUUGUUCAAAGAAGACGACUAAAUGACUUUGUUUUAGAAUCAACUCAUUUGACAUUUAAACAGAAACCAUCUCUUCAAAUAAAGUCACUUGAAAUAAUUAAUAAUCCUAAAAAUACCAAUAAAGUUCGUCUAGGAGAUGAAUUGUAUUUGAAAUGCGUUGUUCAAGGAAGCUCUGAAAUUAAUUUUUUAUGGUAUAAGGAUGAUAUUUUAGUGAAUGUUAGCAAAUCCAUCAGAGCUAUAGAGAUCCAACAAGAGAUAAACGAUGAAACGUACACUUUUACUUUAGUAAUCCCCAAAGCAACCCUUCUUGAUGCUGGGUAUUACACCUGUCAAGCAAUUGACAGUGGACUUGAGCAAUGCAAAAGUAUUUACAUAAAUGUCAAAGACGGACCCCCUCAUGUGAAAAUUCUUCCUAUGAGCGCUACUAUAGAUAAAGGUAACAGCAUUCAGCUCAUGUGUAUAACAUCUCCGAACAAAGAAAGUUUGGACAUAGGAUUUGGUUGGACUAAAAAUCGCGCGCUGCUAAAACUUGAGCCCGGACAUCAAGUAUGGGAGGAUCUUUACCCGGCUGGAAGUAUUCUUAAAAUCAUGAAUGCUCAGAAAUCGGCAAUAUAUACUUGUAAUGUUGCUCAUCGUUCAAUGUCUGUCCGAGUGGAUGUUAUCAAUCGGACACUUGUUCCAAUAUGUAGAAAAGAAAGUACCUGGGGAAUGCGCUGGCCAGAUACUGGACCCGGUUCAACAGCUCUUUUAGAGUGUCCCCGACAAUUUACAGGCGACAAAGUAUCGAGAAUAUGUGCGAUGAAAGAUGCUACUACCCCAAUGUGGCAGAUUCCAGAUUUUUCUGAAUGCUUAUAUCAACCUCUCAUUUAUCCGUACACAAAGUUUCGUAGCUUGACUCUCGGUUAUCAGAACACUACCACUCACGAUACCAUUAUUGGUAUAUGGGAAAUUUUAAGUUCACGCGAAUUAUCUCUGUAUCCUGGAGAAGCUGACGGCAUAAUAGAUAUUUUGGCUGAAAUUGAACAAUACGCCGUUAAUAAAAAGCAAAUUAACAGUGGACAUGAUUCAGCAAAAGUGUUUAUGCAAAUAAUAAACCGAAUACUUGCUGAUGAAAAUUCGAUUCUUCGACGUCAGUUACUCAUGCAGCAACUUGUUCAGCGAACUGUAGAAUAUUGGGGGAAAAACACAACCCAGCAACAACAUCUAGCCUUACCAUCGUUGAUAAUAGAUAUUCAGCCGUUCUAUGUCGUUACCGUUUUUUCAUCUUUAAUUACUGAAACAAAGUUCUUGUUACAAAUUCCUACUGAUGAUUUUACAUAUCCAUAUUGGUAUAAUGAUAAAGUAGAAAUUAGACUUAUAAAACAAGGACGGAGACGAGGAGAAGAGUCUAAAUUAUUUACUAACGGGACGUCAUUACUAAACGGGGCAAUUAUUCUUUAUAAAAACAUUACAAGUUUUUUACCGACUGCUUAUGUUAAGGAAUUAGAGGAUGGUACUGAUCUCGAGUAUCAUUUUAAUUCACGUGUUAUAACUGUCGCGAUUGUUGAACAAGAAUCUCUAAAUAAAAAGCAAAAAAUUGAUUUAUCGACAUCAAAAAUGGAAAUCGUGCUUACAAUGGGUCACUUACAUCAAAAUCAAUCACUAUUGAAACGAUGGAACGUAUCUUGUGGUGUCGAGGAUUUGUCUACUGGUUCCUGGGAUUUUGAAUCUUGCAUUACACUGAUAGCUGGUAAUAAUCAGGGAGGAACACAGUGCAUAUGUUCACGCCCAGGAACAUUUGCAGUUUUUCUUACAACGCAUGCAAUUAAGGUGGUUGAUGCAAAAAGUAAGCCAUCAACGUUCAUAGUAUUGCUGGGAUGUAGUAGUUGCUUGCUCCAGUGUACUAUGUCUUCAGUUAUUUUGGGUAUUAUACUGUGGAAACGGCCAACAUGGUUGAAUUUUUUGAAAUUACAAACUUCUAGUGCACUUAUUGGAGCAAUGUCAAUUUUUGUGUAUGCAACAUGCAAUAUUGUACCAGAAAUAGACUAUGCAAGAACUGCUGUAACUUUAGAAGCAUUUUUGCUGAUAGGAAUGGCAGCACCUAUAUCACAAGCUCUGAUUGUCUAUGCAGACAUAACUUAUAGUCGUCGUCGACGUUUAAGUCGACAUUUUCAGCCAACAGUUAUUGGAGUAAUUACGGGUUUACCAAUUUUAUGUAUCUUGACAACAGAGCUAACUCACAACACUAGUACUGGCAGAAGACAUGAAUCUUGGUGGUUGAUUUUUGGCGGUGGAGUAUAUAGUAUAUUUGUCAGUUGUGUCGCUACAAUGCUUCUGAUAUUUAUGUUACUUUACACUGGAGUUUUACACCGAGCUCAUGCGUUCACUGAAAAUGUUGAAAAUCUAAGUGGCGAUGGUGGAAUUGUCGUCGUGAAAAAUAAAUUUCUUCAGCAAAGAGUUAGAAUAAUUAAUCACGCCGCUAUAAUAAUAUGUAAUCUUAUUCUUGUCGAGGUAGCUUCUAUGUUUUACAUAAAUUACACGUCAGAAUUUUAUCACUAUCUAUUUGCAUCGGUCUCAGCUUAUUUUGGUUUUGGAAUAUUAAUUUUAAAUAUCGGAAGCCCUGAGAUCGAAUUGAUAGCUCCGAUUUUUCAACAAAUUAUAGGACGGAAAAAUGUUGAAAAAGAUAUGACCACUACGACAACAAUGAUUACUUUUUCAGAUCCCGCUAAAGUGAAUAGUAAAAUACCUGUCGAAAGUGCCGAAAGUAUACCACCGGCGUCAUCAUCUUCUGCAACAGCGAGUGUCUUUCGUUUGCCACCGAGCUCAUACAUAAGAACACGUGGUGUAGUAGCAACAGCAACAGCUGGUAGUAAUAAACAAAUUUCCAGUGAAAUAAAUAAUAAACAGUUUUUAAAUAAUUCAUCUCUUCCUCCUUGUUCAUCAAAUCGCCGUGAUAUAUUUCUUCCUGAAAUUCGUAUUAAUUAUUCAGAUAACAUAAACCUUGAAACAUACAGUACAAGUCCUCGUAAAUAUCAAGAAUCUAUUACAAAUACAUUUAAUAAUAACAAUAUUUCAUCAUCAAUGCCAUCGCCAUCGCCACCGCCACCACCAGAAUUUUAUCAUACUUUGGAUAAAAAUACUACGACAUUUAAUUGUGAUCAAUUAGGUACUGCGGGCGGAAGUAUUGAUCGUCGUCGAAGUAAUGCUCAGCAAGUAGAUUAUUCUUCAGAGUGCAUUCCUAAAGUUUUGUGCAAUGCGGAUAUUGAAUCAAGAAUAAAUGUAACAAUGAUUAUGCCAGAUGUAACUUUAGCAGCUGCAACAUCAACAUCUUCCUCUGUUGACAAUGUAGUUGAAGAAAAAUGUCUUGAUGAUUAUACAAUUAAUGUUAUUCCAGAUAUCGCUAGUACAAGUGAACAACAACAACAACAACAGCAACACAAAUGUAUACGAUCUAAUAGUAUUAAAGAAGAAGAAAAUCCUGAAAUUACAAUUACUGAUUGUGAUAAUACAACAUCAAAUACUAUUACAGGAGCGGGUAUGCUUGAUCGUAUAUCACAUGAUCUGGAUUAUUUAUUAAAUCGAUGAGCUCAAACUAUCAAGGAUUUUAUUUUAUUUAUUUAAAGCAUCAAGCAAUUUUAAUAUGUACAUUUUAAAAUAAUGUAAGCUGUAUGUAUGGGUAAGGAUGCGUGCGAAAAUUAAAAUUUUUUAAAUUCAUGCAAGAAAAAUACGUAUUUGAUUGUUAAAAGACAGCACCACUAAACAAUAUUAAUAAUAAUAAUAAUAUUUAUCGUCCACAAUGCUGUGAUUUUUCUAGUUUGAUAAAUUUCAUAACUUUGUCGUGACGAAAAUAAAUAGUGUAAACGUAAUAAACGUACUCGGGUGCUUUUGUCAGAAAUAAUAUAAAAAAACAACAAGGUAAUUUUCUUGCAUUCGAUACCAAAAUUACUUGAAACUUUUAGAUAUUAAACUUACUUGAUUAAUUUACUAUGUAGUAUAAACUUUUAGAUAUUAAACAUCAAACUUACUAUAUAAAUAAUAUUUAUAAUUAUUAAAAAAAUAAUUUUAGUUUAUAAUAAGAUAACCGAAAUAAAGAAAAAAGAGAUGAAACAACAUUAAAAAAUAAUUGUUUGUGUAUAUAUUAUUUGAAAUAUAUUUUGAUUGUUAUAUCAAUAGUAACGAUAACUAUCGCCGACAGUCAAUUUUAUAUAUGUAUACUAUUAAUGAGCUGAUGUAAAGCUGAUGUAUGUGUAUGAAGCACAUUUAAAUAUAAUAAGACAGAUCUGUAUAAACUAUUUGUUGAUUAUUAUCACAUUUAUUUUCACUAAUGUACUGGUUUUAUUUACGUUAGUUAUAUUAGUCAAGUGCACCUUUAAUAAUAAAAUAAAGCAGCCUCUACACGAUACGAUCGUAGUGUCUUAAUUUUAAAUUUACCAAAAAAAAAAAAAUGAGAAAUAGAAUUUACUGUAUGACUAGUUUAAAUAUUAAAAUAUUUAUAAAAUUUUUAAUUUUUUGAAUUAUAAAUUAUUAUUGUUAUUUUUAAAGUUAAUAAUUCAAUAAAAUUAAUUUAAUCGACACAUAUACAUAAAAUAUGUACAAAUUUAAAU